AUGGGCCCCGGGGGCGCGCGGGGGGCCGCGGCCCCGCUGCUGCCGCUGCUGCCGCUGCUGCUGGCGGCGCUGAGCGCGCUGCUGCCCGGCGCCGCGGGCCACCCGUUCCCCGGAGAGGUGUGCCCCAGCAUGGACAUCCGCAACAACCUGACGCGGCUGCACGAGCUGGCCAACUGCUCCGUCAUAGAGGGACACCUGCAGAUCCUGCUCAUGUUCAAGACGAGGCCCGAGGACUUCCGAGACCUCAGUUUCCCCAAGCUCGUCAUGAUCACCGACUACCUGCUGCUGUUCCGGGUCUACGGGCUGGAGAGCCUCAAGGACCUGUUCCCCAACCUCACGGUCAUCCGGGGCUCCCGGCUCUUCUUCAACUACGCCCUGGUCAUCUUUGAGAUGGUGCACCUGCGGGAGCUGGGCCUGCACAGCCUCAUGAACAUCACGCGGGGGGCCGUGCGCAUCGAGAAGAACAACGAGCUCUGCUACCUGUCCACCAUCGACUGGUCGCGCAUCCUGGACUCGGUGGAGGACAACUACAUCGUGCUGAACAAGGACAACAACGAGGAGUGCGGGGACGUCUGCCCGGGCACGGCCAAGGGCAAGACCAGCUGCCCUGCCACGGUCAUCAACGGGCACUUUGUGGAACGGUGCUGGACGCACAGCCACUGCCAGAAAGUCUGCCCGGCCAGCUGUAAGUCGCACGGCUGCACCGCAGAGGGCCUCUGCUGCCACGGCGAGUGCCUGGGCGGCUGCUCGGAGCCCGACGACCCCACCCGGUGCGCGGCCUGCCGCCACUUCUACCUGGACGGCCGGUGCGUGGAGACCUGCCCGCCCCCGUACUACCACUUCCAGGACUGGCGCUGCGUGAACUUCAGCUUCUGCCUGGGCCUGCACAACAAGUGCAGGAACUCGCGGCGGCAGGGCUGCCACCAGUACGUCAUUCACAACGGCAAGUGCAUCCCCGAGUGCCCCUCCGGGUUCACCAUGAAUUCCAGCAACUUGAUGUGUGUGCCGUGUCUGGGCCCGUGCCCCAAGGUCUGUCAAAUCCUGGAAGGUGAGAAGACCAUCGACUCAGUGACAUCUGCCCAGGAGCUUCGAGGGUGCACCGUCAUCAACGGGAGCCUCAUCAUCAACAUCCGCGGCGGCAACAACCUGGCAGCUGAGCUGGAGGCCAACCUCGGCCUCAUUGAAGAAAUCUCAGGGUUUCUGAAAAUCCGCCGCUCCUACGCGCUGGUGUCGCUUUCCUUCUUCCGGAAGUUACGUCUGAUUCAGGGGAACACCUUGGAAGUCGGGAACUACUCUUUCUAUGCCUUGGACAACCAGAACCUAAGGCAGCUAUGGGACUGGAGCAAACACAACCUCACCAUAACUCAGGGGAAACUCUUCUUCCACUAUAAUCCCAAACUGUGCUUGUCGGAAAUUCACAAGAUGGAAGAAAUUUCAGGAACUAAGGGACGCCAGGAGAGGACCGACAUUGCCUUGAAGACUAACGGGGACCAGGCAUCCUGUGAAAAUGAAUUACUUAAAUUUUCUUACAUUCGGACAUCGUUUGACAAGAUCUUACUGAAAUGGGAGCCGUACUGGCCCCCUGACUUCCGAGACCUCCUGGGGUUCAUGCUCUUCUACAAAGAGGCCCCUUAUCGCAAUGUGACGGAGUUUGAUGGGCAGGAUGCGUGUGGAUCCAACAGCUGGACGGUGGUGGACAUUGACCCACCUGUGAGGUCCAAUGACCCGAAGACGCAGAGCCAUCCUGGGUGGCUGAUGCGGGGUCUCAAGCCCUGGACUCAGUACGCCAUCUUUGUGAAGACCCUGGUCACCUUUUCCGAAGAACGUCGCACGUACGGGGCCAAGAGCGACAUCAUCUACAUCCAGACAAACGCCACCAAUCCUUCCGUCCCCUUGGAUCCCAUCUCCGUUUCUAACUCUUCGUCCCAGAUCAUCUUAAAGUGGAAGCCGCCCUCUGACCCCAAUGGCAACAUCACACACUACCUGGUCUUCUGGGAGAGGCAGGCGGAAGACAGGGAGCUGUAUGAGCUGGAUUAUUGCCUCAAAGGGCUGAAGCUGCCCACCCGGGCCUGGUCCCCGCCGUCGGAGUUGGAAGAUGCCCUGAAGCACAACCAGAGCGCGCUGGACGAGGCGUCUGGCCAGUGCUGCACCUGCCCGAAGACCGACUCCCAGAUCCUGAAGGAGCUGGAGGAGUCCUCGUUCCGGAAGACGUUCGAGGACUACCUGCACAACGUGGUCUUCGUCCCCAGGAAAGCCUCCCCGGGCCCCGGUGCUGAGGACAGCAGGCCGUCGAGAAGACGGAGGGCCCUUGCCGACAAGGGGAACGUGACGAUGGCUGUGCCCACCGGCCCGGGUCUCCCCGACGCGGCCUCCACCGCCGUGCCCACCAGCACCGAGGAGCAGCGGCCCUUCGAGAAGGUGGUGAACAAGGAGACUCUGGUCCUCUCGGGCCUGCGCCACUUCACCGGCUACCGCAUCGAGCUGCAGGCCUGCAACCAGGACUCCCCCGAGGAGCGGUGCAGCGUGGCGGCCUACAUCAGCGCCAGGACCAUGCCCGAAGCCAAGGCAGAUGACAUUGUUGGCCCUGUGACCCAUGAAAUCAUUGAGAAAAACAUCGUGCACGUGACGUGGCAGGAGCCGAAGCAGCCGAACGGUCUGAUUGUGCUGUACGAAGUGAGUUACCGCCGGGCCGGAGACGAGGAACUGCACCUGUGCGUGUCCCGCAGGCUCUACGCCCUGGAGCGGGGCUGCCGGCUGCGCGGGCUGUCCCCCGGGAACUACAGCGUGAGGAUUCGGGCCACCUCCCUGGCGGGCAAUGGUUCCUGGACAGAGCCCACCUAUUUCUAUGUGACAAACUACUUGGACGUCCCACCCAGUAUUGCAAAAAUUAUCAUCGGCCCCCUCAUCUUUGCCUUCCUCUUCAGUGUUGUGAUUGGAAGUAUUUACCUGUUCCUGCGGAAGAGGCAGGCAGACGGGCCGGUGGGACCACUCUACGCUUCUUCAAACCCUGAGUACCUCAGUGCCAGCGAUGUGUUCCCCUGUUCCGUGUAUGUGCCGGACGAGUGGGAGGUGCCGCGGGAGAAGAUCACGCUCCUGCGGGAGCUGGGCCAGGGCUCCUUCGGCAUGGUGUACGAGGGCAAGGCCAAGGACAUCAUCAAGGGCGAGGCGGAGACCCUGGUGGCGGUGAAGACGGUCAACGAGGCGGCCACCGUGCGGGAGCGCAUCGAGUUCCUCAACGAGGCCUCCGUCAUGAAGGGCUUCGCCUGCCACCACGUGGUGCGCCUCCUCGGGGUGGUGUCCAAAGGCCAGCCCACGCUGGUGGUGAUGGAGCUGAUGACGCACGGAGACCUCAAGAGCCACCUGCGGUCGCUGCGGCCUGAUGCCGAGAACAACCCCGGCCGCCCUCCCCCGACCCUGCAAGAGAUGUUCCAGAUGGCGGCGGAGAUCGCCGACGGCAUGGCCUACCUGAACGCCAAGAAGUUUGUGCACCGGGACCUCGCAGCUCGGAACUGCAUGGUCGCCCACGACUUUACCGUCAAAAUCGGAGACUUUGGGAUGACCAGAGACAUCUACGAGACGGACUACUACCGGAAAGGCGGCAAAGGGCUGCUCCCCGUGCGGUGGAUGGCCCCGGAGUCCUUGAAGGACGGCGUCUUCACCGCCUUUUCCGACAUGUGGUCCUUCGGUGUGGUCCUCUGGGAAAUCACCAGCUUGGCGGAACAGCCUUACCAAGGCCUCUCCAAUGAGCAGGUGUUGAAAUUUGUCAUGGAUGGAGGGUAUCUGGAUAUCCCUGAAAACUGUCCAGAGAAACUCAGCGAGUUGAUGAGCAUGUGCUGGCAUUUCAAUCCCAAGAUGAGACCGACCUUCCUGGAGGUCGUUGACCAGCUGAAGGACAACCUGCACCCCAGCUUUCCGGAAGUCUCCUUCUUCUACAGCGAUGAGAACAAGGCCCCCGAGCACGAGGAGCUGGAGAUGGAGUUUGAGGACAUGGAGAGCGUGCCCCUGGACCGGUCCGCGCACUGCCAGCGGGAGGAGGACGGGGGGUGCCCGCUGGCCCGGAAGCGGAGUUACGAGGAGCCGCUGUCCUACGCCCACAUGAACGGGGGCAAGAAAAACGGGCGCGUCCUGACUCUGCCUCGGUCCAGCCCUUCCUAA